AUGGAUGCAACCACUGCAAACCUUCUUAUGGGGCUGUCUGUCAACAUCUGUCGCAGUAAUGGAAGAAUACAUGCAGCUACGGUGAAAUCUGUUAAUACUGCAAAAUCCACAGUCUCCGUUGAGUGGCAAGAGAAAGACGGGACAUGCAAAGGGAAAGAGAUUGAUGCUGACGAACUUUGGCCUCUUAAUGAGGAGCUGCUGCAGUACAUAAAAUCUUCAAAUCAACCUGCAUCUGCUCCAGUAACAGAAAAGAAAUAUGAGAGCAACUUGCGGUCGUCGAGGGUACCUGCCCCAUCCUCUCUUGCCCAUCCAGCUGGUCCAACAGAGGAGUCAGUUCCCAGGAGGAUGACGACACGUCAGACGUGUAUGUUCAAGCAGCUUGCCGCUCCUCCUGCUGUGUCAGCUAACGACCCCUCAGCUCCAGAGAUACCCUCGUCUACCAUCCCUAGGUCUUCGGGGUUACUAAGCUUUCAGCAGAGGAAGAACGACGCGAAGCCGGCCUCUCCGCUGCUCCCGGUGAAUGAAGCCGUGUGUGAGAGCGAGGCCUCGAAAUGUGUUCCCCCGGCCGUCACCUCAAGUCGACGCAUUUCAGGAAUGAACCAUGAUGUGGCCAGACCAGGAAACAAAAGGCUAUCUCUUAUGACAAAGAACUCCGACGCGCAAAACAAGAAAGGCAAAUAUGGUGACAUGAAUCGUCCUAAUAAGCAGUUUUACCAGAUGAUCGAAGACUACAGAGAAACUCUGGAGAGGAUACCCCUGUGUCUGUCCGACCCGGUUGAGACUCACAGAAUCUGCGUGUGUGUCCGCAAGCGUCCUUUGAAUAAAAAAGAGAUAGCAAAGAAAGAAAUUGACGUGGUGACCAUUCCCGGCAACGGAACCCUCCUCUUUCACGAACCAAAGCAGAAAGUUGACCUCACCAAAUAUUUAGACAACCAGACCUUCCAUUUCGAUUACUCAUUUGACGAAGAAGCUUCUAAUGACCUGGUUUACAGGUUCACAGCCAAACCUCUGGUCCAGACCAUUUUUGAAGGUGGAAUGGCCACAUGUUUUGCCUAUGGGCAAACAGGGAGUGGAAAGACCCAUACAAUGGGCGGAGACUUCUCAGGAAAGAACCAGAACAGCUCUAAAGGGAUCUAUGCAUUGGCAGCGCAGGAUGUGUUUAGCCUGCUGAAGCAGAGGAGGUUCUCGGGCCUGGAACUCACCCCUUACGUCACAUUCUUUGAGAUCUACAAUGGCAAGGUGUUUGAUUUGCUGAACAAGAAGACCAAGCUACGUGUUCUGGAGGAUGAGAAGCAACAGGUCCAAGUGGUUGGUCUACAGGAGAUGCCUGUGUCAUCAGUUGAUGAUGUCAUAAAGAUGAUUGAAAGAGGCAGCUCGUGCAGGACGUCCGGACAGACGUUCGCCAACGCCAACUCGUCCCGUUCUCACGCGGUGCUGCAGAUCGUCCUGAGGCGAAAGAAGGCGCUGCACGGCAAGUUCUCUUUUGUGGACCUGGCGGGGAACGAGCGCGGCACCGACGUCAGCAGCAACGACCGACAGACCAUCGUGGAGACGGCGGAGAUCAACCGCAGCCUGCUGGCCCUGAAGGAGUGCAUUCGCUCUCUGGGGCAGAACAGUGAACACAUUCCAUUCAGGAUGAGUAAACUGACACAGGUGCUCAGGGACUCCUUUAUAGGGGAGAACUCCAGAACCUGCAUGAUAGCCAUGAUUUCUCCAGGGAUGAGCUCCUGUGAUUAUACCCUGAACACACUUCGUUAUGCAGACAGGGUGAAGGAGCUGAAUGGAGUAUCGAAGGGAGCUCAGCAGGAUGACAAGAGGAGUGCUGAGGUAGCUGUGGAGGUGUCCAGCUCCUCAGAGGAGGACUCAAUCAUACCAGUGUAUGAGGCCAUAUCACAAGUUUCUGAAAUGGAAGAGAGACUGUACGAGGAGCUGAGGCGUGGCAUGGAGAUUCUGAAAGCCAUGGAAAACCCUUCAUAUGACGUAGUGACUGGUUUGGCAGCAGCUGAAGAAUAUGCAGAGAGGAUUCAAGAGUGCUGUAAGGCAGUGAGGUCAGCCAUCAGUGCGGAGCAGGCAGCACGGAUGUCCCCCAAACUGGAAUCCUUUUGA